ACUUAACGUCGAGCUCACCUCUUCCUAAUCCCACUUCAUCCCCAACUUCUUCAUCCCAAGCUCUUCGCCACUUGCUUCCUCGUCUUCUUUUCAUCCUUCACACUGUUCCCUGCACUCGUUUGUACCUGUCCAUACUCACGAAGUCUCAAGAUGAGCCUCUCAACCAUCCCUCACGUCACGGACUUGCUGCCUAUCGUAUUGAGCUCACAAAUUGACCACAAUCAUGAUGGCGGUCGCAACGCUCAUCCAGCCGUCACUUACGCAUUCGAACCUUUGCAGUCGCAGCCUAUCCAGUCCGCUGCGCCGGCAAUCGUGCCAGACGACGACGACAAAGCCGACAGCAUCCCCAAACAUCGCGUCGAGCAUUCCCCUUCAAACCUAGCAGCCUGCCAGAGCGCGCCCUGCAAGCGAGGAGGCCACAAGAUUGAGCUUGGCGAACUGCGCUUUGGGACUUACACGCUAUUCUUCCACACCGGGGAGAUGUUCUGGACCUACAAGCAUUGGCGCUGCGUCACCAAUAAACAGAUCAACACCAUCAAGGAUAUCGCCAAAGGCGAACCGCAGAAUGCCCCGGGGUACGACACCUUGACAGAGCAGGCGAAGGAACAUUUCCGGCUCGCGCUCGAGGCCGGUAGGGUGACCGACACAACGUUCAAAGGGAUUCCGGAGCCAGUUUACAAGGUCGAAAUUGCACCGCAGGGUCGAGCGACUUGUCAGAAUAAGGAGUGUAAGGAUGCGAAAGUCAAGAGCAAGAAGGGGGAGCUCAGGCUGGGGAAUCUAGUGCGAUUCCAAGGGCAUAAGAGCUGGAAAUACAAGCAUUGGGGCUGUGCCACCGUAGAUGAGUACAGGAGAAUACGAGACGUACUCGCCGCCGGUGAGCUUGAAGGGCUCGAAGACUUGGAUCCGUAGGAUCAGGACUUCAUUACCGGGUCGUGUGCCCUCGUAGAUAUUGGUGUUAUUGGUAUUACGCCGAAUACUGCUUCUGGAGCCGAACAGGAGCUAAAGCGGAAACUCGAGGAUCCUGCCCAAAGGGCAGAGGCUUCAGGUAGCGCUGCACCGUCGAAGAAACUCAAAAUGGAGUCAAGCAAGCAAGUCAUCAAUGCGACGGUGAAGAUGGAACGGAACUAGCUUUCGACACGAGAGGCAGGGCAAAAGAGGGGAAUUAAGGGCGAGGACUCCGGAAGUGUUAGCCUUGAGCUGAGUGGCAUCACGUUGGUCAAUCACACUGCAGCUGUCACUGAGAAGCAGCACCGAG